AUGUGCAACGAUUGCGGAGCGGAGGCGGACAGGCAAGAGAGCAGUCAUCCUUGGAGUGACAUCCGCUGGCGAUAUUUCAGCGUUGAUGGCCUCAAACUGACCGAGAUUCGCAUUCCGCAAUACGUGGUUAAGGGCUCCGCGACGCAGCUGGAGUGUCUCUACGAUCUGGAUGGUGAGGCUCUCUAUUCGGUGAAAUGGUACAAGGAUGGCAACGAGUUCUAUCGCUAUGUGCCCAGGGAUAUGCCGCCCGCGCAGACCUUCCUGCUGCCAGGUGUUAACGUUGAUUUGCACAACUCGAGCGACGCGAUUGUUACACUGCGGAACGUCAAUCUGCUGUCGACGGGCCGCUUCCGGUGCGAGGUUUCUGGCGAGGCGCCCUCCUUCCAGACGGUCACUGAACAUGGCGACAUGGUUGUUGUGUCUUUGCCGGACCAAGGACCACCGAAAAUCAGCGGUGGUCGUCCGCGUUACCAGAUUGGGGACUAUGUACGUAUCAAUUGCACCGCCGGUCGGUCGAAACCCGCCGUGGAGUUGAGUUGGAAGGUGAAUGAGGAGCCAGUGGAUCCGCAGACCCUGCGGAAGUACGACACCAUCGUAUCGGGACGGGAUGGACUGGAGACCUCUGUUUUGGGUCUUCAGUUUCGGGUGGAACAGAGGCACUUUCGCAACGGCGACAUGAAACUGAAGUGUAUCGCCUCGUUGUCAACGUUAUACUGGCGGAGCAACGAGGAGUCCGUGGAGGGUGACCGCCCACAGAAGGCGCCGGUGCUCGAAUCAAGGGAAACGGUCUAUGCCAGCAACUCACGCGCCGAUCCCGUCCAAGCCAGCUCCGCGGCCCCGCCAUUAGCGGUUCCGGCGCCCAUUGUCCUGCUCCUGGUUCCGCUGGCGGUGGCGGUGGCAACCCUGGCGAGCAGAAAGGAUAUUAGCGAGCUAUCGAUAGAUGGGAGGGCAGCCGGCGGUGGAGGAGGGUCGAGUGAGUUGCUGGAUGGCCGGCAGGAUGAGGAUAAGGAUGAGAAGAUAUCAAGGACGAGCAGUGCUGCCAAGCUCAUGGAAAAUCCGCGACGCUUCAGGGAAAAAUCACAAUGGCUGCACGGUAGCUGCAUUAAGCCCACACGUGGCACUUUCCCUCCACAGUACACACACUUUUCACCGAUUUUUCCGUCUUCGCUUUGCAUACAAAAAACAAAGAACACACAUCAAAACAAAACAGAA